ACAGUGAAAGGUAAAGGGAAAACGAAUGUCAAUAUUUAAUACAGAUUUAGAAUCAUUGUUGAAAUACUGCCAUCGGAUAUGGCACUCAAACAUUUUGUACUGUUAUCCAUCUGUGUAGCUGUCUUACGCAAGCAAAUUUGACUGGCGAAUGUUUUUGAGACUUGUUUGUGAAGUCAACAUGAUGGAGUCACCUCCAACAAAAGACAGGCAGACAGACCACACCCCUGGGGUGGAGGACUCUCCCCUGCCCCCCAUCACUGAGCGCCUGGCCUACCUGCGCCCCUCCAGAGAGCUGCUGGAGUUCUACAGGGGGAAGAUCGCCCAGUUUGAUGGAGAACACGAUGACCUGAUGCAGAUGCUGGAGAAGUACAGAGGCACCACAGAGGACCAGCACAAGCUGCAGUGGGAGGUGCGACAGCGUGAAGGGGAGAUAUCUGAGCUGCAGAAGGCUUUGAGUGACAUGCAGGUGUACCUCUUCCAGGAGAGGGAACAGGCGCUGCGUCUGUACGCAGAGAAUGACAGACUCAAGAUCAGAGAGCUGGAGGACAGGAAGAAAAUCCAGCACCUGUUAGCCCUGGUGGGGCCAGACACUGGGGAGAUCACCUACUUCCACCGUGACCCUCCACACAAGGUUAGCAUAGCCCAGAAGGAACUAGAGCCCAGAAUUCUGGAUCAUCGGAAGAUGGCAAAGUCAAGAACUGGAUCUGCAAAAGAGGGAAGCCGGACAUCCAGAUCAGAAGGAGUGGUGAAUGGAGGAAGCCCAGAGCAGUACAGAAGAGACAACCAGACCUUACUACUACAGGUGGAGGCGCUGCAGGCUCAGAUGGAGGAGCAGACUCGUUUGUCCAAAGAGCAGGUGGAGUCUCUGCUGGAGGACAGGAGGAUCCACGUGGAGGAGGGACAGGUCCAGCACCAGAGAGACCAGGACCGCAUCACCGUACUCACUGACAAGCUGGACCGGACCCAGAACCUGCUGUACGAGAGCACCAGGGACUUCCUACAGCUGAAGUUUGAGACGCGGGCCCACGAGAAGGGCUGGAUGGUGGAGAAGGACCGGCUGCUGCGAGAGCUGGACUCAACCCAGGACCGUCUGAGGAAAGCCAGUGAUGGUCAUGGGAGGGAGCAGCCGGGACCAGGAUCCAGAGGACACGGCAGCAGCAUGGCCCUGCUUCUAACCCAGCCCCAGCCUGACACACAGCACGUCCACAGGGAAGAGCUCAGGACAAUGCAGGAAGAGCUGAAGCAGGCCCACCGCCUGGCUGAGAUGUACAGGGAGCAGUGUGUUACCCUGGAGACAGACCUGGCUCAGAUCAGAGAGGAGGGGGACAUGGGCAGGGAGAUUUUCAAGGAUCGGUCGGACAAGAUGGCGAAGCGUCUUCAGAUGACGACCCAGCGGUACGAGGCCCUGGAGAAGAGGAGGGCCAUGGAGGUGGAGGGCUUCAAGACCGACAUCAAACACCUCCGACAGAAACUCAAAGAUGUGGAGAAACAGCUUUUCAAGGUCACCCUGAACGUGGGCCCGAAUCAGGACCUGGCCAUCCUACACGAAGUGCGUCAGACCAACGCUCGGACCAAGAAGGUCCAGGGGGAGCUGAAGACCCUGAAGGCCAAGAUCUACGGCCUGGAGAACGACCUCCGAUACAGCUGAGAUUUUUUUAAAGCCACUGGGGACCAGGGUACUGUUCAGUUGCCCACGCAACAGGAAAUGUUUUGAAACUGAAUAAUUUUGCAUUGUUGUUGGACAAUUUAACUUAGGACUCCCUACUCAUCAUGAUCCUGUAUUCCCCCUUUGACAUGCUAAGUUAGAUUUAUUUAUUUUUUGACACCUGAUGAUAGGCACAUGUGCUGCAUCUUAUAUCUAAAAUGUCUCAUGAUAUAGAUUUUUUUUGGUUUGUUUAGGUUUUAGAUGAUGUUUUAGGCCAAGGAGACCUGGGUGUGUAUGACAUUACAUUUUCUAUUACAUUGAUACAGUAAUUAAAUACAAACAGAACAAGAUAAACAAUGUGCACAUAAAAGUUCAUUUUAGACAAACUGGUUUUCCACUACUGAUUUAUCUAUUGUGUGUUGCUAUGAAAGACCGAGUGGAUGUUUCAUUUUGAUCAAUAAAGAUGUAUUUUAUGAUUAAUUGUAAUAACUAGAUUGACAAUGCAUGUUUACACGUCAAAUGCACAAGUAGGAGAACAAGAUACAUUAAACAUGUUUGAUGUUUCCUCUGAACAGAAACAGACGGCAAUAAAAAUCUCUAAAUCGAAA